AUGGCGCUUGGACAACAGCAAGGAACAAACUUUCCAUUUCGAAAGCAAGCUUUCAAACUUUCCAUUUCAUUGAAAAAUAUCGACAAUCGGCAGGUUGUCGAGGUUUUAGGCAGGGAAAUAGUCCUCAGCUCCAUUUUAUCUCAAGUAGAGAACGAACUUUCAAAAAACACCAAUAUUGAAGAAGUUCGUUUUAUUGCCGGAACGCUCUUUACAAUUGACGCUAAUCUUGAGAAGGAAGUGUGGCAUGGUCGGAAUGUUGUAGUUUAUGCAAAAGAAAUCGUUGUUCGUCAACCGGUGCACUGGAACGUAUCCGGAAAAGAUAGUGGCAAUACAUACAAACAAAAAGCUGGGACUGCACAAGACGGGAGUGGUUUGAAUGGAGGCGAUGGCAAUGCUGGAGAAAGCGGAGGUAAUGUCAUGAUAAUUGCAAAAAGAAUACAAUCCGGUGAAAAUUUGACUUUUUCUGCUAAUGGAGGAAAUGGCAGCAAUGGUCAAGAUGGCGGCGAUGGCAAGGCGGGAAAAGAUGGAAAGGGUAUUAGCACGUCGGAUUUUGAUUCUAUGUUUCCUACACCUUCGAGCAGUGUCAUGUACAAAACAUAUUUUAUUGAAAAUUACAAAAGCUUAGCUAAACAAGUUCACACCGUUAAACGAGAAUGGGCUGAAAAAGGUUGGAUUUUCAAAAACACUUACACCAGCGAUGUACUAGACGUGAUUUUAGAAUUUAAUCAUGUUGAGCAUUAUGAUUCAUUUUACGAGGGUACGACCGCAGAUGGGCAUGAAAUCACGUUUUCCUGUGAGAGUAACGGCGCUGGGGCGAGUCAUCAAAUUUUGCUGUUGUAUCGCGGAACGCAUGGCACACCUGGUAAGUCCGGAGGAGAGUACGGUUCAGGCGGAAAAGGAGGCCGAGCUGGAGAAGUAAAUAUAGUGUGUUUGGAGAGUAAUCAGCGUGUUGCGGCCAAAAUUAUUGCCAAAACUGGAGCUGAUGGAAUGGAUGGCAAAGGGGGUGUAAAUGGUCGCCAUGGGAAAAAAGGAUGGGACAUGGGAUACAUGGAUGUUAAAAAGGGAAUGUUUUUCUGUACUCCUGUUUAUUACGGCAGAGAUAAAAACAGUAGUCUCAAGAUAGACUAUUAUAAAUACAGUGCAGAUGAUAGAGUAAUGUGUCCUUAUGAGAAGGAUUCUGGGUACCCUUAUGCUGGCAUAACAGUAUCAAGAAUUGAGAACAAAAAUAUGAAAACUUUAGAAGAACGAAACAAUAGCAGGUCGAACAAAAAAAGUGGCCAUAGUGCGAAUGCAGUAGGGAAGAAAAUAAUUUCACGACAACGAAUUUUGAACACUUAUUCAGAUUUUAUGAACACUAUCGAAGCGGAAAUUCAAGCAGAGCAAGCCGAAAAGAAACGAGCUUAUGAAAGGCAGCUUGCUGCACAACAAAAACGAGCUUAUGAAGAACAACUUGCUGCGCAACUAGCUGCUGAAAUGGAAAUGCAGCAGACUAUUACAACAGAUCAACUUAAUGAUUCUGAUUUUGAAAGCUUAAUGGAAGAAAUUAGCGAUGUUCAAAAUCCAAACGCACAUAUUGGAGAAACUGAGAAUAAUAUAUCACUACAGCAGAAUGAUAAAACAUUUGAGGAAACUUUUCCGUCGAGUGAAAACAACAGGGAAGAGUUAGAUCUUACAACCUUUUCAAUUAAACGUAAUGUACCAUUCCAGCUAGGCAUGGAACAUGAGCUUCGACAAGUGAAGAUUACAGUUAGCUCCUCGUGUAAAAAUAAUGUGGUUGAAAAUUUUAUCCCGGAGAACGAUGCAUUCAAUUUAGAUGCCUGGGUUCAGUUGAAGACGUUCGUGAUUGAUUUUGGAAAUCUUAAACAGUUGAUUGAUCGUUUUAACACUGUUAAACAACAUUUUAUUGACGAGAAAUCGGUCGAAAACACAGACAAAAUCCGACAAAUAGAACAAAUGCUUGUAGAGAAAUAUAAACUAACUGCUCUUCAUGCUCUGGCGACUGAUUUGGAACAGAACCAAGAAAAAAGGGAAUCAAAUUCUAUGCAAAUACAAAAUGUAUCCAAGUAUCUCGUAGAAACUAAAGCAAAAAACAGUGUGAUCGCUCAUGCAACACUGGGUACGAUGAAACAAUAUGUGUUUGAAAAUACCCAGCGGAUAAGAGACAAUAUAGCAACGUUUGUGGAACAGGAAAUGAUGAUUAAUAGCUUAGCUCUCAAUCGAGCUGUAAAGGCGUACGUUUUGGAAACAGCAUAUUCAGAUUUGGCCAACGAAUGCUUGGAAAACUUACAAAACGAACUGAAAAAACCGCAGCACAAAAACAUCAGUCGAUUCUGGGACGCAUUGGAUGACAGGCCAUUGGAACACGAGGUGAGGGAAAUGAUCGAAAAAGACAGCACUCUUAAGCAGCUUUAUGAACGUUGGAAUGAAGUGAAACGCCAAGCAUUACAAUAUGAAUCAGACGAACUAAGUGUGGACGAAGAUAAGAAGAAUAAAUUCAUAACACAUAUACGAAGUAAAGGAGUAAAAUCUAAAAGCUGUAGAGAAUUGUUAGCCUAUGUGUACGAUGUAAACUUAAGAGUCUACGACAGGGAUGAUGAGCAUGAACUAAUUCUUUGUGAAGAUCACAAUACUUCAUCUAACUCUAAAAAUCACAUUCUUUCAACAGGCAGUGAGUUUGUACAGCUUGCAGUGAAUGAAGAAUACUUACAACUAGCAAAAGAACGAUUGCAAAAAGAUAAAAUAUAUGCAAAAACUCUCUGUGAGAUGAACACGCUGAAGAUCAAUGAGGAGAUCAACAAUUAUUUGGAAAAGCGUGUGUUAUCAACAAAUAAUCUCGUCCAGGAUCACUAUUUCGAUGAAAAAACAGCUCCAGCAACGAUAGCAAGUUACUUUCCAAUCCAAGAGCGGGAUGAAUUAAAAUCAGUGUUGGAAAACUUGGAAUAUGAGCAUUCAAAACAAAAAGGAAUUUUGCAACAUAUGCUACUGCGUUUUUCACACGAAGGAAAACACAUAUCCUUCAACGAGAUGUGCUUUUUUAUUAACGCUGUGCUGGACAAUUUUGCUGAUGCUGAUCAAGAGGAGUACACUUUUGCAUGGAUUGUAGCUGCUUAUAGUCAAUGCAAUUGGUUGGAUGAAGUGUUGCUGCUGCAACUGGAAACAUAUUUCGAGAAACAAUUGCAUGAAAAACAGCAAUGGCGAGAGUAUUUGGGGAAGAUUCAGAACAAGCAAGUAAUGCUAGUAUUCGCCACCGAACUUCAAGUCAGUGUGUGUUCUGUUGAGUGCAUCGAUGAAAUUUUACGUCUAUUUAUCCAAUCAAUACACUUUGAUGGAAUUCCUCUCACUGAAUGGGGCUACUUUCUUAAGGAGCAUUAUUGGAUGGACAAAUUGAGACAGCUUCUAGAAUGGAGCAAAAAGGAAAGCUUGGAGGAUGCUACUUACUACAUUCGAUCAGUGGAGAAUAUAUUCGGUGACAGUAAGGCCAAUGCUAUUAUAGACAGCAUAAAAAGAGCAGAAAGCGAUGCUAGUGAAGAACUUUUGCUCGAUAUUCUUAUUAAUUUACAUAAGCAAAAAUGGAAGCUGACCGAAGAAGAUGUUUCUAGUUUAGCACACUCUAGCUUGCAAGAGUGGGCAUCGAAAAUGGAAGGAAAAUACAAACCUAACCUAGAGGAACUGAGGAUAGGGCAACUUGCAGAGCUGAUUGAGAAUGAUGAAGUUUCAUCUGAUGAAAUUAUCAAGCAUCUUCCGGAGAUACGAACAUCAAUUCAAAAGAUUACGGAUAAAAAGCUCACACACAAUCAAAAUCCAGUGGCAUCGUUUACAGAGCAGGACAUCACAAUGUGGGUGGACGAGUUUCGCGAUAAAAUGAACAAUAACACGGUUGAGUUCAAGUUACAGACGUACGAGACAAUGCUCGCUGUAAUUGAUAGAGCAAUAGAAAUUAAAAGAGGCUUUCGACUUCGCGAUACCCAGAGACUAAGUGUGUUAAUUUUGUUGACGAACGAACGAAGUACAUUGGCCCAAGUAUCAACCGGUGAAGGAAAAUCGUUAAUUGUGGUAGCGCUCUCACUCAUGAAGGCACUGUUAACAGAAAAGGUAGACAUUGUAACAAGCUCUCCAGUGCUAGCUAAGCGAGAUUCCGAAAUGAACAAAGAUAUUUAUGAACUGUUCGACAUCAAUGUAUCGCAUAACUGUAGCGAUAAUAUUGAAGAUCGGAAAGAGGCGUACUCGAUGCAUCAGGUGGUCUACGGCGAUCUGGCAAACUUUCAGCGUGACUACUUGCUGGACAGGUUCUACGGGAAAAACAUACUGGGUGAUCGUGAUUUUACAAAUGUUAUCGUUGAUGAAGUCGAUAGUAUGUUGCUCGAUAAAGGGAAUAAUAUGUUAUAUUUGUCCCAUGACAUACCGGGCAUGGAUAAGCUUGAGUCGGUAUACAUUUUUAUUUGGCAAAUGGUAAACAACCCUACGGAAGGACCAGAAGAUAUUGAUAUAGACGUGGUCGAAAAGGAAGUAUUGAGCAAUUUAUAUCACUCAAUCGGUCCGGACGAUUUGAUGCAACUUGAUUCCGACCUGAGUUCUAGAAAGUUGAACAUUAUUUGGAAUAGCUUAGUGGAUGCAGGAAUCUUAAAUGAUGAAGGCCAUAUAAUCACAGACAUCAUUGACCCUAAGAAACUGGAGGAAAUACUUACGCCUGAAACGGUGGAAUACAAACAUAGACUCAGCUUUCUUUUAAAGCAAUGUGUCGAUCGAGAGAAUCUUAUCAAAAUUCCCAAUUGUUUGAAGAAGUUUGUUGAAAGACACUUGUCGUCUUGGAUAGCAAGUGCUAUCAAUGCAUUACUGAUGGUACCUGGACAGUCGUACGUAGUUGACUAUAAAAUAGCUGGCUCAAGUUCGAAUCGUGACGCUAGUAUUAUCAUUCUGGACAACGACACCGGAGCAGACCAGGGCAGUUCGCAAUGGGACGAAGCAUUGCACCAAUUUUUGCAGCUCAAACAUGGUUGUAAACUAUCAACGCAAAGCUUAAAGGCUGUUUUCGUGUCUAACGUUACCUAUUUCAAAAUGUACAAAUUACUGUACGGUUUAACUGGUACGCUGGGUUCACAACGAGAAAGGAAUUUACUCAAAGAUAUACACCAGGUAGCCUUCGUUACUAUACCAACUGCCAAGUCUAAACAAUUUGAAGAGUACAAACCAAUUAUUAGCUGUGGCUACAAGAUGUGGUUAAAACAUAUAACAAUAGAAGUUAACAAACUCAUCAACGAGGAGCAACGAUCGGUCCUUAUUAUCUGCGACACGAUCAACGAUGCCGAUGGUAUACACAAAGCUUUGAAAGGAAAAUUUCCAAACCAAAUUCACUGCUACACGAGAGACUACCAAGAGUUUGAUAUUGUUCAGGGUAGUAAAGAACUGCAACAGGGGCAGAUCAUCAUUGCUACCAACUUGGCGGGACGUGGUACCGACAUACGAAUUACGCAUGCACUCAAGCAAAGUGGCGGCUUGCACGUUAUGUUAACAUACCUACCAGACAACAUCCGCAUUGAAGAGCAAGCUUUUGGAAGAGCAGCUCGAAGUGGAGAUAAAGGAUCGGGACAGUUGAUAAUAUCGGUCUCUAGUCAAAGGCAGCAUCGUCGAUCGAAAAUAAUCAAACUAAAAAAGGAGCGCGAUGAAAAUGAACUGUAUCGCAUAUCAGACAUUAGAACAUAUUACGAAAAAACCAUCAAGGCGGAAGAGAUUUGUUUCGAAGAGUUCAAAGAGAUGUAUGAAAAACAUAGGAAAAGCCUUGAUGCAGACGAUGUCCCUAGCGAAGUUAAAACAAUUUUACUGCAAAAUCUUCUAGAUCAGUGGUCUUUUUGGCUGGACGAAUACAGUGGAUCCAUGGAGGAUAUUAUGCAAGAAUGUGACGAAAGAAAAGUUCCAUUGUUACUCAAAAAAUUUGUCUCCAAGUUAUCCAAAUUCGAUACCGGCAAUUGCUUUGAUAGCUCAUUAUUAAAUUCCUAUUACUUCAACAGCAAAAGAUGGAAAGUCUGGGUGGAAGGAAAUCCUAUGCAGAUGAUUAAAUUGGCCAACUAUCUGUCUGAAACUUAUGCUAGCAAAACUUUUAUGCAGAAAGUUGAAAAAGUUGCAAAAACAGUUGCAAAUGCUUAUUGCAAUGACAUGUACGAUAUCGAGAAAGAAGUGGAAUGGGCGUAUGAAACAGCAAUGAGUUUAUAUGAUGACGUUAUUAAAUGUGAACCUGAGUUUAGUGAGGCUGCGCACUAUUAUCGUGCUUAUAUCUUGAUGAAAUCAAUUCAGCGCGAAGAAUCACCGGAGAGCCAAGAUAGUAAGCAGAAACGUAAACACUUUAUGAACAAUUUGUCUGAAGCGAUGAGGCUUUUUGAAGACCAUCAUGCGUUUGCUUUGCAGGCAGCGAGCAUCGUAACCAAAUUGAAAGGGAAUAAUGUUUGGCACGAUGGGUAUCAAGCACAGAAAGAUACCAUUUCUCAGCUGUAUCAAACGUUCAUACGGUCCAUACAGGACAUAUUUGGUCAUGCUGUUACGGCUAGCACAUUUGUUACGGAAGAAAUAAAAGAAAAUGUUGCACAACAUAUUUUUCUGCAGCUCAUAGACACAGGUGUUAUAUCGCGUCCGAAGGUGCGAAAAACCAUAUCGGAACAACAGCUGUACAAGCUCCAUAACGAAUAUGGGAUAUCGAUGAAGGAUUUGAGACAAUUUCUGUCGAAAAGAGUUGGAACGAUCAAUGAGGAAACAUUUAUACAGGAAUGCAAGGCAUCAAUCCCACUGCCUAGCCGAGAACAAUUCUGGCAAACGUUGAUCGAUCAAAAAGUGCUCAAUUGCGUCAAAAAGUAUGCUACAGUAGAUAUCGUGAAGUUGGAAGCAGAAGAUCCUUCGUUGAAAGAUGCCUUAGACGAAAAGAUCGCCAAUAAAACGUUGAUUAAAAAAUCACUCGCACCAGUUUUAGGACAGAUUGUUUUAUAUCAUGAAGAAUUAUCACUCAGAAAUUUGGAGAACAACGAUUCUACAACGAUAACCAACAGUGUAGCUAUAUUUGAACAAGAAAAUUUUAAAACCCUAAUCGGAAGGGAAAAGUUUGAAAUGAUGAUUCGAAAGGGUAUAAUCAAGUGCAAUGAAAUGGGAAAUGUAGAUAAAAACCAGAUUGCAUUGUGUGAGUUUAAAUCGUUUGAUUCCAUUUCAAUCGAGGACAUUGUUUCCAAAACAAAUAUAGCUAAGGGCGACGCAGAGCUAAUUGUGGAAGAAUUGAUCAAUCGAAACGUUCUGGAGCGAAAGGAAGAACGCUUAACGAUGAAAGAAAGUUUCGAUGCCUCAGAAGAUGAACUGUUACCAUCGUAUCCGGUGUAUGAAAGCACUGUAAGAGGUUUACUUUCGUCCUGCUUUGCCUAUAGAUUGGCGCUUAAUAAUAUAACAGAACAAUUACAAGCAAAUCAUUCGACCGAUAUUAUAUUACGCAUACAAUUGACGUGCAAUCCUUACCCUCAGUUUUUUCAGGAUUUAUUAAAUCAAAACAUAAUCAGACCUUACGUAGUUAAAGAAGCGGAUUUUAAAGAAAUUUUGAAUAAAAUCUUCAAUUCUAAUAAAUGUUAUAAGGAAGUGGAUCAUUGGUUUAGAAGUAAUUUACACAUAUCUACUGUAGAUUCAGAAAGAUUGUUUGAGCAUGUAGUUAUCACUCCAUUGGAUAUGAUAGGGGAUGAAAUUACAGAAAUUACAAACAUUAGAACGGAUUUACUAGUUCGUAACACCACAAGUGGGAUGCGCUUUAUACCAACGAAUAUAGAAAAAGAAUUGUUGCAGUACGAUAUGAGAAAAACAGUAGAACAGUUUUUUGUGCAGUUAGACAUAUUCUUCAAAAAAGAAACUAAAAGCCAUCUCGAGGGUGUGUUGGGACAAAUGAAAUCAUCAUUAAUAGGCCUCAAAGUUCCCAGCAUAAAUUUAAAAUUCAUAAGGGAAACAGGAAAAGUAAAAGAGAAGAAUUUUGGAACUAUCGAAGAGGACCAAUUGUUUAUUUUAAAUGGAUUGCAACAUUUUUUGCAGCUAGAGGAAAAAAAGUGGAGUAAGGCAAUGCUGCUCAAUGUGGGGUUGGUGGUAGGUAUCGGAUUCGCCCAAAUUGUAACGGGGGCAAUAAUGGAGAUAUACUCAGCCGGUGCAUUGACGCACGUUGCAUCGGGAGUAAUUAACGAAGGAGUUAAUGAUAUAAUGUAUGCAGUAAGCAGUUUCAAUUCAGGAUAUUUCAGCUGGCAGGAUUAUAGGAAAGAGAAGAUUAAGAGUGUAAUAUUUACAGCCGCAACUGCAGGUGUGGGUGCGUUAGCUUCACGAGGUACUAAGGUGUCGCGGAUUGGAUAUAAAGUUGCAGGACCGGGUAUAACACAAGGGGGAGAAAUAUCAAAGUUAACAGGAUCUGCAUUGAUCAAAUCUGUAGGUGGGAAAAAGGUAUUCAAUGAAACGGUGAAAAGAAUUGUAAUGAAAACUGCACAAGGGUUUGCUCAAGCUGCGACAAGCGCAAUGGUCGAUAAAUUUACAGAUGAUUAUUUGCAAGCAAUAAUCAAUUCAAUCGCUGCCGAUGUGUUAUCUCAAAUGGCAAGUACAGUUGACAACCAUAAAAUUUCCCAGACCCUCAGAAAAAUCUAUGAUGAGUUAGGAGAGCCGCAAGCUAGAAAACUAAUAUCGCAACUCUCUGGCUUCGAAAGCAAUGAUUGGGAAACGUGUAUAUCUUACACGAAGCAAUUAACGUCCAGUUUAUCACAAGGAUUUGCAAGUGCAAUGCAAAAAACACAAACAAACAGUAAAACGUUGAAGGUUUUGAGCAAUAUUAGCACCGCAUGGGAUUGGACUGAGCGAGCAAUCGAGAUAGGCAAACUGACACUUGUAGCAGGAACAUUCCUUGAUAAAUUAGAUGCCCAAAUGAAUGAGAAAUUUAAAACUAUGGUUCAAAGUGCAUCGUUAGAAGAGCAAUCGAAUGAAAGUAAUUUCGAAACAUUUAGAACGGAAAUAGCGAGCCAAUGGAAAUCACAACUGAGUGAGCAUGUGGGAAGAAUUAUUUCACAGUACUUGGUUAAGCCACUGUUAAAUGAUGCUCUAACCCGCAUAAGGAAAUUCGUCAAGCGUAUCCCUCAUAACGUCAAGCGCAUCGCAUUGAAGCGUAAAAUGAAAAGAUUGAAGGAAAAAUACGACAAAGCCAUCAAUGCUCCCAACACAACGGAAGAAAUGAAAGAAAAUUUGAAGAAAGAUUACCAUGCCCAACUUAAGAAGAUUAUGUACAAAACGAAAAGUCCAUCUUUGUUUGCAAAAAUUAUUCAGGAGAAUGUACCAAUGGAUCUGACCUGUGCCGCUGCAUGUGUACCGCUAAUACACCAUUUACUGGGGAAAAUGGGAUUCGAUGUGAAAGGAAUAGUUCUCACUGUACAGGCAGAACAAGGUGCAGAACAAAGUUUUUGCUCCGGAUCCGUCGAUGAAAAUAGUGUGAGAAAUGUAGUCUUACAAUUGAAAGACAACCAUUUUACAUGCUCCGGCAACGAGCUUGAUAUUGGUAACAAUAAUUGUUUGUUCGCGGCAUUAAGCGAAGCAAUACCGGAGUUGAGAGGCAUAAGAGCAGACGAUUUCAGAAAACAAAUAGCAGACACUAUUAAGCAUGAACCGAGCGUUCAACAUCGAAUCAGGCAAGGUUGGCAUCGUUUUCCAAUCAAAAAAUUUAAUGCGAUCGGAGGUAAAGCGGUGGUACCAAAUAGAAGAAUCAAGAUGCUCCGUAAAGAAGCGCCGCUAAGAGCGUAUGAAAACAAAACUGUAGAAAGUUUAUUGAUGAGCGACAGUUUCCCAGCUUAUCUGCCUCCCGAAAAUUGUCCCACGGCUAAAAACCCACCCUCGCACCUGUACUCACGUGUAACAAUUUUCAACUAUGAGAUUGCCGGUGUCAUAAGCGCGGCUAUGAAGGUAACGGGGUUGUCAUUUGAUCAAAUAAUCGAUAUGGAAAAGGGAGCUAGUACCACGCAAGAUGACUUGCCAGUAGUUAAAGGGGGGGAAAUUCACCGAGCCCAUACCACACGGGGCACAAUAAAAUCAGGCGGUGACCUCGACAAUUAUCCUGAGGUAAAGAAAAAACUGCAACAAUAUUUCGCACAUUGUGAGUAUGUUUGUAAGGAAGCAAACGAUUUCAGAAAAAUUGGUGGGUGGAUUGAUAAGAGACAAAUGCUAUCGAUACAACAUAUUGUCAACACCCAUGAUUUUAGUAAAGAUGCAACGAAGAAAGAUGUUUCCAAUAUCAAAACACAUUUGAAAAGCGAAAUGAGAGAGCUUAAGCCAGAACUUGAGAAAAAACGAUUUGACAAUGAGCAGCGCUACAUGUCCAAAACAUCAAACGCACUGCCUACAGUGCACAUCGAUCCCAUCGCAACGUUACAGCGAAAGAUGAAUGAUGGCGUACAGCAGCGGCAGCAUGGCGUCGGUUCUUCACCGACUGUCAAUCAACAGCAGUGGGAAGUUCGUUGA